ACAUAUAAAACACAACACCUUCAAUACACCGACUCUUAUCCAAUAUGAUGAGCAUUUCUUUUAUUCGUUCUUGCAAUGUUAGGAACAACGACCAAAAUAAUAUCCUCAAUGCUUAAGGGUGUAUGAGAUAUGGCCAGAAGUCUGCAGAAGGGAAAAUGAUGUUAGAAAACGAAAAACUUUCUCAUCCGGACAUGUACUAUUUUUCGUUUACCCUUAGGCUUAGCUAAGCAAAUUCAGAGAAGGGCUUCUUCUCCCUUAUCUCCUUGCUUACACCCCAACCUUAGUUAUGGCUCAUGUACCGUCAAAUAUUAUUCUCUUGCUGUUCCUUCUGGUUUCUUUCCCUGUUAAUGUCAUAGCUGAAGAAGACGAGGCAAACAUUAUCAAACCCGGUUCUUCACUAUAUGCCGGAAAACAGCAUAGUUCGUGGGCCUCACCUUCGGGGAAUUUCGAAUUUGGUUUCUACCGGCAAGGAGAAAGAUAUGCGGCCGGAAUAUGGCUUGUUGGUCGACCAGAAAACACCAUUGUCUGGACUGCAAAAAGAGAUGACCCGCCUGUCACCUCAAAUGCUACUUUGGAAUUCACUACACAAGGCGUAUUGCUUCUUCGGACUGAGGACGGUGUGGAAAAUGCCAUUGCGAAUCUGUCCGGAGUGCAUUUUGUUGAUUAAGCUUCGUUGCUGGACACCGGGAAUCUAGUGCUCUACGAGAACAGGUCUGUUGUUUGGGAGAGCUUUGAUAUCCCGACCGACACAAUCUUAGGAGGCCAGAAUUUAAGCCUUGAGUUGAUUUCCAGUGUGUCAAGUUCAAAC